AUGUCUAAAUCGUGCAAAGUUUGCAACAAAGUGUUUCCUGGUGGAAAAUCAUGGGGAGGCCAUAUAAGGACAUGUUGCAAGAAGGAGGAAGAUGAAAAGGAUCGAGAAGAUACUGAUGAUUGGAGGGUACAUGAUUGCUCUUCUUCAGAAUCAGAAUCAGAGUUUGAAUUUCAUGUUGAUGUUGAUGAGAGUAGUACUAAAGGGUCCGUGGAGCCCGUCGAUUUGAGGGAGUAUCUCCCACGGGGUUGGUCAGGAAAUAGCAAGAAGAAAAGAUCUAGAAAGAAUAAGCUCAAAUUUGCUGCUUUAAAUCAAGCCAGAAAGAAGAGUUUUGCAGAUCACAUUCUUGAAGCUGCAGCCUUAAACCUUCUAUUGUGGCCUUCAGUCUGUGAUAUCAAGCAGAAGGGUAUUAGGGAAGAAUUAGCCAAGUACCAAGAUAGGUUUUCCCAUCAACUUUCCUUGAAUAAGAAGCCAAUGAAAAGCAUUGCUUAUACGCGAGAAAAGAGGCCCUCGGAGUUCAAAGUGGGACAAAAAAGAACAUACGUGUGCAGGGAAUGUGGAUUAGUUUUUGACAGCUUCCAAGGUCUCGGCGGCCACCUGGCCGCCCACAAUAGGAAGAGAGAGAGGGAAAAAGAAGGGAAAUUGGAUCUGGUAAGUGGGGUUCAUCAAGAUUCGAGAGGCAAAAACGUUAUAAUUGGUGAUGCUCCUAGAAAAGAGUACAAGUGUAUUCUGUGCGAAAGAAGUUUUCCAAGUGGACAAGCUCUCGGCGGACAUAUGAGCUAUCAUGGCACUGCUCAGAAGGUUUACAAGCAUGAAGGACAUAAUAGCCAUCACACCACUGCUGAUACGGAAAAUAAUAACUCCGCAUCCAGCCAUGAGGCAUCGAAUGGGGCAGAUAGUCAUUCCAAUCCUCCAUCUAGUGUACAAGUUAGUCACCUUGAUCCUCAACCUGGUAGUGCAUUGGAUUUGAACAUGGCUCCAGAUGAGGGUUUAUGGGAAAAUGAUGUUGGAGUCCAAAAACAGUCUCAGUUAAGUUAG